UUUACGCAUGCUCCCCGCGCCCGCCCAGCUCGGCAGCCGCAGACCCGCCACCCGGCAGCAGCAGCGGGCAGUAGCGACGGCGCUAUGUGUGGUAUCUUUGCUUACCUGAAUUACCAUGUUCCCCGGACCAGACGGGAGAUCUUGGAGACCCUAAUCAAGGGGCUUCAGAGACUCGAGUAUCGAGGAUAUGACUCUGCAGGUGUUGGGAUUGAUGGCGGCAACGACAAAGAUUGGGAGCCCAACGCUGGCAAGAUCACGCUCAUUAAGAAGAAAGGGAAAGUGAAAGCUUUGGAUGAAGAAGUCAACAAACAGCAGGAUUUAGAUCUGGACAUUGAAUUUGAUGUGCAUCUUGGAAUUGCUCAUACCCGCUGGGCCACCCAUGGCGAGCCUAAUCCGGUCAACAGCCACCCACAGAGAUCGGACAAAGACAACGAAUUUAUUGUUAUCCACAAUGGAAUAAUCACAAACUACAAAGACCUGAAAAAGUUCUUGGAGAGCAAAGGCUAUGACUUUGAGUCGGAAACCGAUACAGAAACCAUCGCAAAGCUCGUCAAGUACAUGUAUGACAACCGCGAGAGCGACGACAUAAGUUUCACCACCUUGGUGGAGAGGGUCAUCAAACAGCUGGAGGGGGCGUUCGCUCUUGUCUUCAAAAGCGUCCAUUAUCCAGGCCAGGCGGUCGGCACGAGGAGAGGAAGCCCUCUGCUCAUCGGGGUUCGGAGCGAGCACAAGCUUUCCACCGACCACAUCCCGAUCUUGUACCGGACAGCCACCCAGUCUGUAGAUCAUUCAUUUGAUGGCGUGUCCAAAAAACUGGAAGAAGGCAAAGACAAGAAGGGCACCUGCAGCCUCUCUCGCAUGGACAGCACCACCUGCCUCUUUCCCGUGGAGGAGAAGGCCGUGGAGUACUACUUUGCCUCGGAUGCCAGCGCUGUGAUUGAACACACCAACAGGGUGAUUUUUCUAGAAGAUGAUGAUGUGGCAGCCGUAGUGGAGGGCCGCCUCUCCAUACAUCGGAUCAAGCGAACUGCUGGAGAUCACCCUGGCCGGGCAGUUCAAACCUUGCAGAUGGAGCUACAGCAGAUCAUGAAGGGUAACUUCAGUUCAUUCAUGCAAAAGGAAAUAUUUGAGCAACCAGAAUCUGUUGUGAACACCAUGAGGGGAAGAGUUAACUUUGAUGACUACACAGUGAAUCUUGGGGGCCUGAAAGACCACAUCAAGGAGAUUCAGCGAUGCCGGCGCCUGAUCCUCAUUGCUUGUGGGACAAGCUACCAUGCAGGCGUUGCUACUCGCCAAGUGCUGGAAGAACUGACCGAACUGCCUGUCAUGGUGGAGCUGGCCAGUGACUUCCUGGACAGGAAUACUCCCGUCUUCCGCGACGACGUCUGCUUUUUCAUUAGCCAGUCAGGGGAGACAGCUGACACGUUGAUGGCCCUUCGGUACUGCAAGGAGAGGGGGGCCCUCACGGUGGGCAUCACCAACACUGUUGGGAGCUCCAUUUCACGGGAGACAGACUGCGGGGUGCACAUCAAUGCUGGGCCAGAGAUUGGGGUGGCCAGUACAAAGGCCUACACAAGCCAGUUUGUCUCCUUAGUAAUGUUUGCGCUCAUGAUGUGCGACGACAGAAUUUCUAUGCAAGAGCGGAGGAAAGAAAUAAUGCGAGGCCUCAAGCUGUUGCCAGACUUGAUUAAAGAAGUGCUGAGCAUGGACGAUGAGAUCCAGAAACUGGCCACAGAGCUCUACCACCAGAAGUCCAUCCUCAUUAUGGGGCGAGGCUAUCACUACGCAACCUGCCUGGAAGGCGCCCUGAAAAUCAAAGAGAUCACCUACAUGCACUCGGAAGGCAUCCUGGCUGGGGAACUGAAGCACGGCCCCCUCGCCUUGGUGGAUAAGCUGAUGCCCGUGAUUAUGAUCAUCAUGAGGGACAACACCUACGCCAAAUGCCAGAAUGCGCUGCAGCAGGUGAUGGCACGGCAGGGGCGGCCUGUCGUGAUUUGUGGUAAGGAAGAUAUUGAGACCAUCAAGAAUAACAAGCGAACCAUCAAAGUCCCCCAUUCGGUGGACUGUCUGCAGGGCAUCCUGAGUGUGAUUCCUUUACAGCUGCUGGCUUUCCAUCUGGCUGUGCUCAGAGGCUACGAUGUUGACUUUCCAAGAAACUUGGCCAAAUCUGUUACGGUUGAAUGAGAUGCUUGCCCAAGGUUGACAAAAGAUUCCUUCCCCUUCACUUUUGGUACCGAAAAACGCUGAUUUUAAACCUUCUCCUGUGAUCAAUUCUUACUUCCAAUAUAGAAAAAUCUUUAUACUGUAAUUGUUGCAUUUGUGAUAGUUAGGAUUUGAAUCCAUAAGCUCCUAGUAGCAUUGUUCCGUGGCAGCGAAGUCAAGAGUACUGUUUCCCCCCCCCUUUUUUUUUUUUCCUUUUAAAUUGUUUGUUGUAAUCCUCAGCGGUUAUAUAAAAUUGCCUCAUUUCCUAGUUAUCUCUAGGACAUUCAGAGGGGGUGAGCUCCUGCAGGGUUAGAAAUGAAAUUGCAGAUGACAUAGAAGGACUUGCCUUCUUUCCCAAAAGUGCUCCAUGGCCACCAUCGGGAGAGUCCGGAUGGACUUUUUUUUUGGCUCCAAGGUUUCUGCUGGCCAGUGCAUUCCCCCCCCCCCAGCAGUCCAUAUUUGUGCAGUCUGUGCCACCCCAGACAUCCAUUCCCUGAGCAUUUUUCCAACCCACUCCUGGUGGGUGGAUUGUCUAUCAGUUCUUGACUGCAAAGGCUGCAUUUUAGAGUUUGCUAUUACGUCCCCAGACCUGCAAAAGGGGGUGAAAGUACCUCCCCCCCCUCCAUAAACAGAGAUCUGCAUAGCUGAUCCUUCUGAGGUGAAGGCCUGUGUCAGUCUUUAAUGGGAAUCAAGUCAAACAACGGCAGGUUGACUUAAUCUUGGCAUUUUUAAGUGAGGAGCAGAGAAAUCCCUUUCCUCCAAACAAGGUCAAUUUCCACUUUUCAAGGAAUUUAUUUUUCAAUGCAUCAAAGAGAAAUGCCAGCAUCUGAAGGUGCAAUGAGAAAAAAAGUCUGUGGCUGAAGGCGAACCAGCCCCUGUCCGGGCAGCCCUUCAGCCCUUCUCCUGCUUCCCUUGAUGCAUGAGGGGGUGUGGUGGACUCCAGGGGCAACAGCAGAGUCGGAAUAGGUGUCCUCCGGUGAAUCUGCAGACCAGGGACGAACAAGGGAGUUAUGUUUUCCAUCUGGACAUAUUUUAGGUCUGCUCUGCGUAGCAUUCCUGUUCCUGAUAAAAAGAGGGAAAACACCUCUGGAUUUUGAGUUGGAGGGGCCUCAGCAAAACGCCAUCUCAAGGCCCCGUGCUUCUCCAGUUAUCAGAAACGGGCAGCUUUUCUUUCUGUUCAGAGUGUUGGCUUUGAAGAGUCUUUUAAACUAGAUCAGCCCUCUGUUCUUGUGGAUAUUAUGUUGAUAUUUCUGCGGUGGGAAAGAAAGCUAAAAUGAUUCUAAAAUGACCCCAAUGGGAAUAAUACAGCAGGGAAGGCAUACGACAUAAGGAGAGGACCAAAGAUAAAUGGAUGCCUCAGGAAACAUCGUAUAGCUCUGAAAUCUCUAGAGGAUGUGAACAUAAUAAAAAUCCUGAGUGACCAAAAUAUGCCGCCCUUCAACUUCCUUCUCAUUAGUCAGUGGGACAGACAUUGGCAUCAAAAAGGCUUUCAUUGAUGCAUUUCUAGAAUGGAGAAAAGGCAAAUUGCACAGAAAUUUAAAAGAAAUUUAAACUGUGUCAGAAUAUAGAAAUUAGCUGAAUCUGGGCCUGUUCUCUCACCCUUUUAUCCUAAUAGGGUGACACAGGGAGACACUGACCAUCCUUCUUUCCUCACUGUGCACUUUGGGCAGGGGGGAAGAUGACCAGCAGCAUCAUUAGAUGGAAGCUAAUUUAAGGACCGCUUGCUAAGUGCAUAGGAGUCUACAGCAUGCAUAUUCAACCUAAAAUGAUGCUUUCCACUCAUGAAAGAAAUGGUAGUUUGUAGCGAACACUGGAAAGUUCAGAAAUUUUAUUAUAAAAAGAAGUUUCUUGGCCAACAUUGGCAUUUGUGUAAUGUCCAGAUGCUCGGUCUCCAUUCUCCUCGGGCUGCUGGUUCCCACCUGAGCUGCCAUAACAUAGAAGCCUGAGGAUGGCUGCAGGGGGCUCUUCACUCAGCUUGGUCUCUGCUACUCUUAAGUCUGAGAAUGCGCUGAACAGGAAAAAGAGGCCCCACCUAUUGGAAGCCAACAUUGGAACCAGGCCACUCAAGUGGCAGGCGAUCGUGUGCACAGCUGCAUUUGCACAAGCUGCAGGGCACUGUCUUGUGCGUGUGAAGCUUGUGUGUGCACCCUUUCCUCUCCCUCCCCCCCCAAAACCGGAAAGGUGGGGGGCCGCUUUCCAGGGCACCUGGCCUUGUGUCCUGUGCCUCCUGGGGUCAGUUCAAUGCUGGCUUGGGCUGAGGGAAAUUGGCCUGUGUGUGUGUGUGUGAGACGAUGGAAAGAGGUGAGCACCGGUUCACUUUCUUUUUUUGAAUAUAUUCAGCUUGUCUUGAUUGAUGGGACCAUAGUUCGUUUUGUGUGUAAUGUUUAUCAUUUCAGUUGUUCUCGUGAUUUUAUUUUUGUACCUUGCUCUUUGAAUAAAGACAAGUGCACACUCUUC